GGAGGGGGGAAAGAGGAGCGCUGAGUGAGAGUGAGCCGGACGCUCCGGGGGGCGGGGGGGAGCAGCGCCGCGGCCGCCGCCGCCUCCGCCUCCGCCGCCUGGGACUAGGGGGUGGGGGACGGACGCGUCCCGAUGCCGGGGGAGACGGAAGAGCCGAGACCCCCGGAGCAGCAGGACCAGGAAGGGGGAGAGGCGGCGGCGGCCAAGGCGGCUCCCGAGGAGCCCCAGCAGCAGCCCCCUGAGGCGGCGGCGGCGGCGCCUGCGGGGACUACGAGCAGCCGCGUGUUGAGGGGAGGUCGGGACCGGGGCCGGGCCGCUGCGGCCGCCGCCGCCGCCGCUGUGUCCCGCCGGAGGAAGGCCGAGUAUCCCCGCCGGCGGAGGAGCAGCCCCAGCGCCAGGCCUCCCGACGCCCCAGGGCAGCAGUCCCAGGCCGCGAAGCCCCCGUCUCCAGCUCAGGGCAAGAAGAGUCCGCGACUCCUAUGCAUAGAAAAAGUAUCGACUGACAAAGAUCCCAAGGAAGAGAAAGAGGAAGAAGAUCCUGCCCUCCCUCAGGAAGUUUCCCUCACUGCAGCUAGGCCGAGCCGGGGCUGGCGCAGCAGCAGCAGGACGUCUGUCUCUCGGCACCGUGACACAGAGAACACCCGAAGCUCUAGAUCCAAGACUGGUUCCUUGCAGCUCAUCUGCAAGUCCGAACCAAAUACAGAUCAGCUUGAUUAUGAUGUUGCUGAAGAGCAUCAGUCUCCGGGUGGCAUUAGCAGUGAUGAGGAGGAGGAAGAAGAAGAAGAGAUGUUGAUCAGUGAAGAGGAAAUUCCCUUCAAAGAUGACCCAAGAGAUGAGACCUACAAACCCCACUUAGAAAGGGAAACCCCAAAACCACGGAGAAAAUCAGGCAAGGUGAAAGAAGAGAAAGAGAAGAAAGAAAUAAAAGUGGAAGUAGAGGUAGAAGUGAAAGAAGAAGAGAAUGAAAUUAGGGAAGAUGAGGAGCCUCCUAGGAAGAGAGGAAGAAGGCGAAAAGAUGACAAAAGUCCACGAUUACCCAAAAGGAGAAAAAAGCCUCCAAUCCAGUAUGUCCGUUGUGAGAUGGAAGGAUGUGGAACUGUUCUUGCUCAUCCCCGCUACUUGCAGCACCACAUUAAAUAUCAGCAUUUGCUGAAGAAGAAAUACGUGUGUCCCCAUCCCUCCUGUGGGCGACUCUUCAGGCUUCAGAAGCAACUUCUGCGACAUGCCAAACAUCAUACAGAUCAAAGAGAUUAUAUCUGUGAAUAUUGUGCUCGAGCCUUCAAAAGUUCCCACAACCUGGCCGUGCACCGGAUGAUUCACACUGGCGAGAAGCCACUGCAAUGCGAGAUCUGUGGAUUUACCUGUCGGCAAAAGGCAUCCCUUAAUUGGCACAUGAAGAAGCAUGAUGCAGAUUCCUUCUACCAGUUUUCUUGCAAUAUCUGUGGCAAAAAAUUUGAGAAGAAGGACAGCGUAGUGGCACACAAAGCAAAAAGCCACCCUGAGGUGCUGAUUGCUGAAGCUCUGGCUGCCAAUGCAGGCGCCCUCAUCACCAGCACAGAUAUCUUGGGCACUAAUCCUGAGUCCCUGACACAACCUGCAGAUGGUCAAGGUCUUCCUCUUCUUCCUGAGCCCUUGGGAAAUUCCACCUCUGGAGAGUGCCUCCUGCUAGAAGCUGAAGGGAUGUCAAAGUCAUACUGUAGUGGGACGGAACGGGUGAGCCUGAUGGCUGAUGGGAAGAUCUUUGUGGGAAGUGGCAGCAGUGGGGGCGCUGAAGGGCUGGUCAUGAACUCGGAUAUACUCGGUGCUACCACAGAGGUUCUGAUUGAAGAUUCAGACUCUACUGGACCUUAGUGGAAAGGAAGACUUUGGGCGCUGGGACAGCUAAGACUUUGUAUUUAAAAGAUAAAAAGGACAAAAAAAAAAAUUUAAAGCAUUUAAAAUCUAGUAAAAUAACUGAAGGGCCUGCUCUUUCCAUUGUGGAUCACAGCACACACACACACACACACACACACACACACACACACACACACACACACACACACACACAUCUCCCCUUCUCCCUCUAUUCUCCUCCUCAUAAAAUUGAUGUUGCCUUUACCAGAAAGCUAGACAAAGAAGCAGCUCUUAAAGUGAGGGUUACUCUUACCUUCAGUUCCAGCCAGGCAGACUUCCUGGUCAUCAGCAGAUCCCCCUUUUCAACCUGUAACUCUGAUGUGCUCUGGAUCAGCUUUUAAUUCUUAAUGAUAUAUUAAUAUCCUCUAAACCCCUUCUCCUCCUUUACUGCUGCCCUGUGGUUCUGGCUUCUACCCCCUGCAGCACAUUUAUCUUCAGAAUACCUUAUAAUUCUAAUCUCUGGAGGCUGGCAGCUUGACUUGGCACUUUAAGGCCCCUUAGCAGGGUGAGCUGUUAAAACAGCACACAUCUCUCACCCCCUUUUCUUCCAUUCCCCCUGGGUUUAGGAAAGGAAGGAUCCAUGGGGACCACCUCCCACCUCUUCACCUUCACCACCUUCCUCAGUCCCCCUCCUGACACCUCCGUAAGGUUCUCAGUGGUGCUCCCUUGCUUGGAAGCAGGCCCCCAGCAGGGAGGGGGCUGCCCUCUGCGUGGUCUCUCUGACCACAAGACAGGGCUCUGCAUCAGUGAGGCAGUGAGAAGAGUCCCAGGCUAAAGGCAGAGAUUUGCACUUUGAACAUGUGUGUCUUUGUGUUGUGAAACCUGAGAGUCCUUAUUUAUUAAUGGAAAGUCUGAUUUUUUUUUUUUUUUGUCUUUGUUGCUGUGUUUUGUGGGGCUGGGAGAGAGUAGAUUAUUCUGAUGUGGGGUCCUUUGCGUAAGAGGUACUUGUAGAAGGUGAGAUGUAGGGUUGAAGAAGCACCGCCAGCCCCUAAAAUCAUAGCUUUCUCCAGUGGCCUUUAAAGAAAGCUGGUCCUCCACACUAACACAGUCACUACAGUAGCCCCGUGCUUUGUCAGAAGCCUUUUUGGGGAAAGACGUUAGGUUUGUGGUAAUUAGCGCUCUUUGAGUCUUUAGAACAUUGAGAUUUAGGAAUUUUGAGGGGAUGAGGAAAACUGUUCAGAGUCUAAAUUAGAGAUAAAAGGUUUUCUCUUAUGAACUUGUUCGUUUUCUUUUUUUGUCCCCAUCAUUUCUUUGUACACGCCUCCUGUUAGCCCAGCUCGGGCCCCUGCUGCGCUUUUGCUUUGCUUUGUCGUUGGUGCGUUCCAGCUCCCUGUUGGUGAAGGGCACUGCCAUCAGGGAAGGAAUGGUCCGCAUCAUGCAGUUUGAAGUCAAAGAAAGUUGCUGUAUUUUGUUUCGCUUUUAGUAACCCUUCCGAAACAGAAAGGCUUCCACGAAGUUAGUCAUCCAUAUAAUGCUUUGCUUUCACCCGAAAUUCUGGGGAUCACCCCUUCCCUUGAGACAGGGGUUUUCGUGGGGUGGAACACUUACUUACUAUUGUCCAUGGGAGAAACAGUGUUUUUGUACAACUCCAUAACUCCCAGAAGACUAAAAACCUAUUUUGGCUCAUUUUUGGAGAAUUAGAAGGGCAGUUUCUCUCCUCCGUACCUCAGAAGCUGGAAUUAAAGGCUUGCCCUAUUCAUUGUUUGUCAGAAAUGUAUGAUGGUUGUUGGAAAGAAUGAAGUUUGCUGAGAAUGAAAUAAGGAGCAGCUUGUUUUUCACGAACACUAAAACUACAAAGUUUAUCAAUUUUCUCUGAUUUUUUUCCAUAAAGAAGGGUAACAAAAUGUCAUCUCUGAAAGAGGCUGGCUUUACACCCACUAGUGUCAGCGGCUGGGAUGCUGGAGAAUAGGGGGUGAGACACCUACAGUGAGCAGUCCUAAAUGCACUAUUGUUUCUUUUCAGUGUCGCAGACUUGCCAUCCCUCCAGUGUUGGGGUGAGCAGUGGAAUAAGGCUAGAAGGGACGUAGAAUGCUUUCCUGCCCACAGUGAGGACAUGGAGUUGACUUUGGUAUGUUGAGUAGAUUUGAAAACACAAGAUUGAUCAGAUGGGUCGACGACAAAGUUGCUCCGCUCCUGGACGAGUCCAUUUGGUAGUGUUUCACUAGCUAGCUUCUACACCCCACACUUAACCUUUGUCCCGUCACACUUACCUUAUCCUUUGUCUCCUCCAUGAGUUGCAUUUGCAGUGGUUAGUCAUCAGAUAUUUUAGCCACCCACACAAAAGCAAACUGCAUUAAAAAACAACAACAACAAAACCUUGAUGAGAUAAAGGGAAAAUACAUUCUUCCCUGAAUCACACUCCUCCCCACUGAAAGCAACCAGUUAGUUCUGAUAAUUAGAAGUUUCUGUUCUUUGUCCCCUGUUUUAGUCCUCUUCAUGGCUACCAUUUGCCUGCAGUUUGCUUCAGUAAAUUAUUGUAGCAGUUUGCGAUACAUUUUAAAAUACUUCCAUGGACUUGGUUUUUUUUCCUUUUGAGAAAGGGAUGUUAGCAAAGUAAUGAGUUGGUUUGAGUGAACUGUCUUGUACUAGGUUCUCUUCCCUUUUCCUUUCUGUUCCUCAUGCUGUUUACUUCAUUGUCCUUCUGAGGAACUCUUUUAAUCUUAAAAUUCUGCAUUUCCUCAUCUUACUCAGAUUCUGUUACCUUUUUGAUAACUCUUCCCACUGCAUAUUCUCAGUCUUGAACUAGCAAUUCUGAAUUCUGAAAAUGUAAUUGAGCUACAAGUAUUCUUUCUGCAAGACGUGCUUCCCCCUUGUUUGUGGUUGCCCAGGAUAAUUUUGCAUAACUGAGACUUAAUAUGCUUCAGAGAGUUUCGAUAAACACUGGCCAAGAUUACUGGGAGUAAAACAUAGAUAUAUUAAGGUAAGGAAAAGCAUCCACACAGAGCACUUGAACCUCCUUUGUACCUGUUUGGAGAAAAAAAUACAAAGAGUGUACUAAACUAAGGUUAUUGCAGUCUGGUUGUUUGAAGUACCAUUUUCCCCUCCUGUCUUUUUCCCACUUUUCAAUGUACUCAAGAAAAUUGAAAAAUUGUAAUGAAUCAAUUUAAAAUACUUUAUUUCCUAAAAGCCUUUUUGCCUAUUGUAAUAUGCAGGACCCUUCUCCUUUGAUGGGAGAGACAGGUAGUUACCUGAAUCUAGGUUGAAAAGGUUAUGUAAAAAGAAAUUAUAAUAAAAGGGAUACUCUGCUUUUCAA